UAUCGUCGUUAGCGACGUUUUCGUCGUCGUCGUCGUCGUCGUCGUCUUCUCCGUCAGUCCGUCCGGUACUCCGGCCCGGUUCUACGCGUAUUUUUAUUACCGCUCUCGUUGUUUAGUAGGUACGAUACUAUUACAAUCGUCUCUCGGGUGAAGGUAUAAAUUCAAAAAGUUUUCACCACGCUGCAGAUAUCGCGUUACAGUUACAUUAUUGCAGAUAUUUUAAUUAUAUUUUUAAUACUCUGAUUGUGUGUGCCUCGAGGAGAUAAUAUACAUAAACACAUAAAUGUUAUACAAAGUUUGAAAAUAAUAAUAGCAGACGCGCUCGACUACGCGUUCCAUACCGGUAAAAGGCCGCCCUCGCGCGAUGGGGGCCGGAAAAAUGCGUAGGAAAGUCAAGCUGCUAUUGAUUUUCUUGGCGUCGUGGAUGUUUGUGGUCGUGUACUUGAUACAGUCCGGUUCAAGGGACACAAAGCCAGAAGAGAAUAGAGCGUUACGGCUGAAAAGCGACCGAUACGCUUUAACGUCUGUCGACGAUCCAUCGAUCAACAGGCACGUAGAUAGCUCGCCAAGUUCUCUGACCGAUGGUCAGGCAGAACUCUUUACGCCUUUUUCAACAUUAAGCAGUUACCUGGACGAGGUUGCGUACGUGGCCGCCGGUGGUCUCAGGAACGGCGACGAUGCGUAUUCGCGUAACAAAUUCAAUCAACUGGCGAGUGAUAGUCUGCGUAGCAAUCGGCCAGUACCCGACACAAGAAACUCUAAAUGUUUAGCUAAGAAAUAUCGCACUGAUUUACCUCAGACAAGUGUCAUCAUCACGUUUCAUAACGAAGCAAGGUCUACUCUCUUGAGAACAGUUGUCAGUGUUUUAAAUAGAAGUCCGGAACAUUUAAUUAAGGAAAUAAUUCUUGUGGACGAUUUCAGCGACGACAGUACUGAUGGACAAGAACUAUCAAAAAUACAAAAAGUGAAACUCAUUAGAAAUGAACAAAGAGAAGGGUUAAUGAGAUCUAGAGUUCGUGGUUCAGAAAUUGCCACCGCACCCGUGCUUACAUUUUUGGACAGUCAUGUAGAAUGUAACGUGAAUUGGCUAGAACCACUUUUAGAUCGUGUAGCGGAAGACCCGACUAGGGUGGUAUGCCCAAUAAUCGAUGUUAUUAAUAUGGAUAACUUCCAAUACAUAGGAGCUUCAUCAGAACUUAGAGGUGGAUUUGAUUGGAAUUUAGUGUUUAAAUGGGAGUAUUUAUCAAAAGAAGUCAGAGCACAACGACAAAAAGAUCCAACUUUACCAAUCAGAACUCCAAUGAUCGCCGGUGGAUUAUUUGUGAUGAACAAAGAUUAUUUCGUAAAACUUGGAACAUAUGACAAGGAAAUGAACAUUUGGGGUGGUGAAAAUUUAGAAAUAUCGUUUAGGGUGUGGCAAUGUGGUGGUAGUUUAGAAAUCAUCCCUUGUUCGCGAGUGGGACAUGUGUUUCGAAAGAGACAUCCUUAUUCAUUUCCGGGCGGUAGUGGCAAUGUUUUCGCCCACAACACUCGUCGAGCAGCUGAAGUAUGGAUGGAUCGGUAUAAAAGAUACUACUACAAUGCCGUACCAUUAUCUAGAACGGUCCCAUUUGGAAACAUAGCAGAUCGAUUGGCGUUGAAAAAAAAACUAGGAUGUAAACCGUUUAAAUGGUAUUUAGAUAACGUUUAUCCGGAACUUAAAUUGCCAGCGAACGUAGACGUAUUCGUGGGCAGCAUUAGACAGGGCUAUAUGUGCUUAGAUACAUUAGAAAAUCAAAUAGGAAAAACUGCAGGUAUCUUUCCAUGUCACGAUUACGGUGGCAAUCAGGAAUGGACAUUUACAAUUGGUGGAUCGAUUAAGCAUGACACUAUGUGUUUAUCUCCGACAGAUUAUUCAGCUAUGAGUUUAUUAGUUAUGAAACCCUGUGACUCUUCGACCGAUGAAUGGAAAUACGACGAAAACACUAAACAAUUAAGACUUAAAGUUGUCAACCUGUGUUUGGACACUCUUGGAAUACAUGAAAUGAUAAGUAUUAAUGUUUGUGAUAGUCUUAAUUCAAAUCAGAAAUGGGAAUACUUGGUUGCAGCAGGAAUCGAGAACAGCGUUUGAAUUCUACAAUAUGGUAAUCAAUAACAGAAUUAUGAUGUAUUAGUAAUUAUUUACUGAUUUCCAUAAUAUAAAAUAAAAACUACUUAAAUGAAAAUCCCAAGAUCAACCUUUUAUACAUUACACAGGGAAGGCAUCAAAAAAAUACCUUAUAUAAUGAUUUUAAAAUUAUUAUAUUAUAAGUUGUACAAUUAAAUUAUUACUAAUAUUGUACUGUGAUAAAUGUUAAAACAAACAGCAAUGGCUCAAACUCUUUGAGCUAUCUUAUUACCUAAGUAGGUUUACCUAUAAGAUUAUAUACAUAUAUCCAUAUAGAUAUAAUUAGCAUACAUUUACAAUAUUUUUAGUUCAAAAGUCAUUUUAAAUUUAUCGAAAACCUAUAAGUAUUAAUAAUUUUAUAUUAAAAUAAAGCUUUAAUAAGUAGGUGUACACUUAUGUCUUACAAUCCUAUGUAUGAAAAUAUGAUAUAAUGUAUAAUUACCUACUUUAAAUUUUAAAUUAGUAAACGUCUAAGGUAAAAAUAGUUUUAUUUUAAAAUGUAAAUAUAGUAUUGUUAAUUUUUUUUUUUUACAUUUUUAUACAAUUUUUUGUUUUUGUGUUAUUCUGUUUUUAAGUUAAUCAUGAUUUUUUUUUUUAUUGGUUUAUAAUGUAUCCUUGUAAAAUAUUUUUUAAUUGAUAAGGCUGUGAUUUAAAUCUUACCAUGAUUAUUAAAUGAUAUGUACUUAUUGACUAUUGUAAAUACAUAAUUUUAUUUUUACAUUAAAUAUCCUAUUUUGAGUGAUCAAGUGUAUACAGUGGUAGAUUUACGACGAAGGGGUCCAGUAGGUCUUCUGAUGGGGCCCUUAGAAGCUGAUAUAUAUAUACAUAUACAUCUUGUAUUGUAUACUUGUUUUUAUAAAAAUAAAAAUAAUACAUUUGAA